AUGGGGAAUUUUUUCUUGAGAUGGACAUUUUUCUACUUUGUAUAUCUAGAAUCCAUUAUGUCAAUAUUCCGGAUAACAGAGGCAAUACCUUUAACAAAACCAGGAUCUUCUGAUGUCCGGAUUCUUUCUAACAGCAGUUGUUCUGAUGUGAAUGUGUUACUCCUGAGUCAGAGCUGUAACUUUAACACGAACUACUGUACCUACAGUCAUCCUACAAGUUACAAUUCUAUACGGUGGAUGAGAAAAAAUGAGAAAUCACUCGUGGGCGUGGAUUCUCUUCACGACGGUGGAUCGUUUCUAUAUCCAUAUAUGCUUGGUAAACCAAGUGGUGCUAGUUCCUCCGUCAACACGACUACAAUCAGUGGAGGGACUGUGUGUAUCCAGUUCUGGUACGUAAUGGCGUAUUCAGCCUCUAAUCUAGAAGUCCUAGUGGAUACCCAUGGGGAUGAAACAUCGGUAAUGAAACUGACUGGUGGACAUGGACAUCAGUGGAGGAAGGCAACAAUAGCAGUUUCAAGUCAGGCCCCAUUUAAGGUAUUUAUUGCAAAAUGA